AUGCAUCAAAGCCAAUUCACCAUUCAUCUCAUUGGUCAAUUGCCUGUGACCCCCAUCGAAGUCGAAGUGUAUGUCUACCUAUUCGCCAUUCGCUCCUAUCAUGAUGUACGGAUCGAUACUUGCGCGACGCUGUCAACGGAAUAUAGGAGGGAAAAAUUAGCCGUUCAAAACGCCCGUCUAACUGGAUCAGCUGGAUGUCCUCGGCGGAAAAGACUGCUUCACACAGGUAGCCUCAACUUCCGUCCUCCAGUGUGCCGCUCAAAAUCAGCUCCCCGUUUAGGAAGUAUUGAUGAGGAGCAAGAGGCAUCUGAAAAUGGUGAGUCAGUUUGCUACCGUGCCGAGCCUGAUAAUAUAGGGAAGAUGUCGUUGGACCCUUCUGCGGACGUAGUUUCCUGCAAUUUCCAAUUGGAACAAGGUGCGAGAUUGGACUCCUUCGCUAUAUAUCUCGGGGAGGAACAACGUCAUGAAAGGAUGAACACUUUAGAAUUUGAUAGCAUUUCCGACGAAAGUGGUUAUCAUGAAGAAAAGCUACCUCGAGGGCGUUCAGAAGAAUCUUGUUACUCUGAUGGAGAGUUGGUUAUGCUUGAAGAAGACUACGACGAUAGUGAAGAGCAGAUAACACCCCUUUAA